CGCAACCAAAUGUCAAAGAAAUCACAUUAGGAGAUUAGAGAGAGUACCCAAGAAGUUGCUGGAUUUUGUUUAAAAUUAUCAAAUAAAACCAACCAAAGUUUUAGUGGAAUUUAAGUAGAACAUUACAAAUAUGGCAGCAAAACAAAUAGUGCAUUUACAAAAUAGCCGAAUCAUCUCAAUGCUGAGUAACAAAAGCCAGUGGAAGAACUGCUGGUCCCUUUCUGCCACCACUCGUUUAUAUAGCAAUGAGAAGCCGGCUUCUGAGCAAGAAGCAGCAGCCACAGAUGCAAAUCCCUCAGAACAACUUAAGAAACUCACUGAAGAUUUGGAAGCAGCUAAAAAGGAAGUUACCACUUUGAAGGAGAAAAAUGAUGAACUUAUGGAUAAAUAUCGUCGUUCUUUGGCUGAUAGUGAGAAUUUGAGAGUGCGUCUGAAUAAACAAAUAGCUGAUGCCAAAGUUUUUGGCAUACAAUCAUUUUGCAAAGAUUUACUGGAGGUGGCUGACAUUUUGGGUCAUGCAACAAAAGCUGUGCCACAGGAACAGCUGGACAGCAAUACCCAUCUGAAAAACUUAUAUGAAGGUUUGACCAUGACAAAUGCCUCUUUGUUGCAAGUAUUUAAGCGUCACGGUUUGGAAGCCAUGAAUCCCCUAAAUGAAAAGUUCAAUCCUAAUAUGCAUGAAGCACUAUUCCAAAAGGUGGACACCUCUGUGGAUGCCGAUACAGUGAUAGAAGUUACCAAAUUGGGCUAUAAGCUGCACGAACGUGUCAUACGGCCUGCUUUGGUUGGCGUUUCAAAAUCCUCAUAAUUUUUCGACUCGUCUCUUUGGUUAAGGCAAACACACAAACUGCUUUGUUUUACUUUGUGAAUCAAUCAAUGUAAUACAAACGUAGUCCCUAUUAUCUUGAACACCCACUUUGAUUUUAAUUGAUAAUUUUCUUAAGUUUUCUAUACUUUUACUCAAAGAGUUUUCAAUAGAUUUUUUAUUGCUUCAAUAUUGAAAAUUCUUUAAUUCUUUUAGUUUGUUUCCUACCCCCUUAUCUAAGUAUAAGUUUUAUAUGUAAAUAGUUGUAAAAACACACACACUUUUUGUUGUAUAGAAAAGAGGUUUUGUAGAAUUCUAAACGUAUAACAUAUAACAACUGGGCUUGUUGCUGUUUAAAUUAUUUGCCCAAACAAGGCUUCUAGUUUGUAUGUCGAUUUAGAAAUGACAGACGUCUUUUUCAUAAAACCAUAACUUAAGAAUUUUGAUUUUUUUUU